AUGCAUCCUCAUAUCCAGAAGAGUGGGACUUUUUCUGAUACUCCUGCUGACGAUGGCUGGGGUGAACCACCGCCUGCUACGGAUGACUGGCAAACUCCUCAACCUCCCAUCGGUGAUGAGUCUGACACUUCGGAUGCACACAUUGAUGACAAGUCUGAUCUCCCAGCGAUCCCUCGUUAUGAAGUUGUGCCCACUCCAAGUGGUGCUAGCCUCCAGUGUGCCUCGUAUGUCAUCUUCACUGGUGUGAAGCUCCUCACUUCAAGCUUGCCUUCUACAAAGGCUCAUCGCGGAGAUCAAGUUCUCGAAAGCAUGACACACGUCGAAGGCCUGGUCAGUGUUCCUGCUCUCGAUGGACAUGAAGAAGCAUCUGCACCUUUCACGGAGUAUGAAGAGCCCAAGCUUGGCGAGUACAAACAGGCGGAAGGCCUCAUAUCUGCAAAGGAUGACGACGGCGAAUCAUUUGAUCAGAGCUCCAGCAAACCCAGAGUUGCCUGGACUGCUGCUCAGAAUAAGGUCGUCAAUGGAGCGGCUCAUAGCGCAUUCCUGCUGAGAUUCGCACGCUGA